AUGCCACCAUUUCCUGGCGAAGAAAUACUGACAACAGUGUACGCCGAUGUACACACCUACUUUGACGCGCCUACUCCUCGACCGUUCCUCCAUCGCUUCGACAAGACCUCCUACUUCUACAUCUACUACAACUCGACGAGACAAACCAGCCGCGUUGAAGUCGCGCUUCACCCUGGCUCGGCCGACCAAGCCGCGUUCAGUGGCCAUCUCGACAAUGUACACAUCACAAACACCCAUCAUUUUCCUACCCGCGUGACGCUUAUCGUGGACGCAACCGGCCCGACAACUGCGUCGCCCGCAUCUGCUCGUUCAUCACGAGAGCCUGAUGAAUGGCGCCUCGCCAGCGCCGAUCCGCGGGACCCGGGAACAACGAAGUACAGGAUACACACGAUCGAUUUCUACUUCUGGAACCAGCAGGAUGCGAAAUUGAUCGUGGACAUAUGCAAGAGACUGUUGCAACCGCACCAACUGGACGUUGAUGAGCUCGAGGAAUCGCAUGAAGAUGCAGAUGCACACGAGGUCGAGUCCGAGCCCGAGCCCGAGCCUGAACCAUACCCCCAUGACAUGGUCAGUCCAGUGGUGCAAAACCUCGAGCAUGUCGCCAUAUCCGAUCCGGCAUACGGCAAAGACAAGAGCCACGAUCCUGCCAGAGCGCAAAGCAUGUCGAUACCCCCGCCGCCUCUGCCGGUGGCUGCUCAGGAGGCCGGUCUAUCCCAUGCCGCCUCGGUAGCAGCAGCAGCAGCGUCGCCCUCCCCGGGCUCUGCGUCCGCAAACAUCGAAAGAAAUCAUUCAGCACAACCGCACACGUCGGCCUCUGCGACAAACUUCACUCCCUUGGCAUACAACCCAGCGGCACCCGCCGCCCCGGAACCCAUUGCGCACCGCGAAGACACUCCCCCUCCAGUCGACGCAGCAAACGGCACCGGCCUCUCGACAGCCGCGAUGCACGACCACGCCUAUGCCCCGGUUCAAGUUCAGCACCAACAGCGACCCUACACGCUUCCGGGAGGUGCAAGUACCGGUGUCGUCCCAGGCCCAGGGCAACAGCCCGUUCCGUACGGGCACUACGGCUCACCACAACCACCUGCUGCUCCUGCUCCUGCUCCUGCUCCCGGUGGUGCAGUACCAUCCUUCGGUCCGCACGCGACAACCCCACCACAGCAUCAGCACGCAUCAUAUGGUGGAGGACCUCCGCAGUCUCUGUCUUCGGCUCUUCAAACCUCUCCGCGAACGUCCGGGUCGACGUUCGGCGGCGGCGGCGGCGUAUCAAGCGCCACAAGUCCAGACUCAAGCCGCCAUCCCAGCGUCGCCGCACAGCACUACGUUCCUCCACCGGCGAACCAGGACCCCAACGCCCACAUCUUCGGCGGACAGGCCGUCCAGAGCCCCGGCGCGCAGUUUUACCAGUCCAUCACCGCCCAGCCUCACAAGCCCCUGCAGCACGUUCAACCACAGUACCCCGACUACCUGUCAGCUGGAUCCUCCCCGCCCCCGGCUCCUCCUGUAGGCGGGUACGCGACCUACAACUACGCACAGACCGGACAAUCUGGUGGUGUGGCUCCCCAUGGCGUCGGCCCCGGAGCUGGAGUUGGAGUUGGAGGAGGUGGAAGCCCGUACGACGUCCACGGCCAAGUUUACCGACCUACCGAGGACGAGUACCACACUCACCACCACCAGCGGAAGCCGUCACGGGCGUCCAGCGCGCAGCACAAGGAGCCGUCUACCGUGGACAGGUUGGAAAAGGGGGUCGGCAAGUUUUUCAAGAAGAUCGAGAAGAAGAUAGGAUGA